AUGUGUACUGCUGGUAUAUUUCUUGUCAUUAUUUUACUCAUUUUUGUUUUGAUUUGUCAAUGUUUAACAUCAAUUCGUCGUAAUAAACAACGUCAACAACAAAGAAUGUCUAUUGUUCAAGUACCAUUACCAGCUACUGCACCACUUUUAAUUGAACAUAAUCGAUCUGUAUCAAAUCGUAUAUCAACAAUAAGUAGUACACCAAGUGAUACUAAAUCACGAUGUACAGAUAUAUCAACAGUAUUCAAUACACCACUUAAUCUUUAUCCAACAGCGAAUAAUCGUAAUUCAACAUCAACAUCAUCAUCAUAUUAUAUAUUUCCUAAUGAAUUUGAACAUCUUUGUAAAUAA